AUGUCCUAUUUCAACAACUUCAAUGCGCAUUUGGCCAGGGAAGACUGGCAACAGCAACGUGUUGACGAUGACGCGCUGCUUCACCCUCCAGCAUCAAGCACUGGGAAUACAACUCACUACGGCCACUGGAGCAUGCAGGGCACUUCCUUCGAACAAUUCCCUCAAGGCUCCACCUAUAACCCCUCCGACAACUUCUCCCAAAGUGCCUCACUCCAGGGUGAGAUUCCCCAAACAUUUGGGCAGUUCUCUCAAGGCACUACCUAUAACCCCUCCGACCUCUCUCAACACGCCUCAUUCCAGGGUUCUACUGCCAGCACGAGCGCGUUAGAGAUGGCGCCCAUACAACGAGGCAAGAUCCCGCAGACAGAUGUAAUGCACGCCCGGCAAGGCAGCCAAAGAAACACACCAACCGCCGAGCGAUGCCGCCUACGCCACGAAUGGCUCCCUAUCCCUACUACACGCCCACAGACCAUUUCAGGACCUGCACCUUCUGCAACUGCAACUGAAGGCUCACCUCGCAAUCUGCAAUGUCACCGUGAAGACGGCGAUGAAAUUAGUCACGUGCGAGCUGUACUCUGGGACUCUGUCCCACGUUGCUUUGCGCCUAACACGACAUUCGAGGAUUUCAUCACUAGCAAGCACCGUCAGGAUGUCGCAAAUGCACUAUCAAUAACCCACAGGAAGUUUCGCAGACUUCACGUGCGAAGGCGUGUUCAGCGCAUAUCGGCUUUUCCCUCCACAACACAGUACCACACCCCUGUGGUCUAUCACCAACGUGUGAUCACCAAGAUCACGACUGAUGCCGAUGGAAUGGUCUUCAUGCAUAUAUACACUUUCGACCAAGAUGGGAAGGUUCAAAUCAAGGCAAAAUUCCAGAAUCCAUUCAUAAUGUCGAGCGUCAUUCGUUUCAUCUGGUAUGGAUUACGCCAGGAGUUCCUCAGUGAGACAGAAGAAGAAAAGAUCGAAAAAUUGAAGGUAAUCUGGGCGCUCGCCAGUGCCACGACAUUCUGCAGCCUGGACGAACAAUCCGAAGAUCAGGUGAAGAUUGACCGUUUGGAGGUCUGA